GCCGGGUCGGGUCAUAACGAGUCUGAAAAGCAAAAGUCCAUCGAGUCCAAACGAAACCGUCACUGCAUCACACACACCGCACCAGUCUCGACGACACUCCAAGCGCAUGUUAGCUUUAUCCGCCGCACCAACCACCGCGCGAUGGAGUCUCUCUUCGGCGCAAUCAACGUCCGAGACCUUCUCUCUACACAAGACCUCUCCGACCGGAACUCCCCACUCUCCGCACCAGAUCUCCGCCUCCUGAUCGAGCGCGUGGAGUCCCACUCCCACCAGAUCCGAUCACAGGUGCAUUCCUACCUCGAUUCCCACCGUGAAGAUUUCGAAUCCCUCUUCUCCCUCUGCAACGACGCCGUUACGCAGACACAGCGCGUCUCCGACGACGUCGCCGGCGUCAUCAAGCUUGUCUCCGAGCGGCCACCUGAUGUUGAGGUGAGGGAAGCGGUGGAGGAGAUCAAGGCGAAGAGGGAUGAGCUGAAGGUGAAGAGGGAGCUGUUAGGGCUUGUGGGGAUUGUUGUGGGUUUGAACCAGAGGUUGGAGAGUGUGAGGGAAGGGUUGAAGAGUGGGAAGUUCCAGUUUGUGGCUCAAGGGUUGAAGGAGUUGAAGGUGGCGUUGAGAGUUGGUGAUGAAGAAGAUGAUAGGGAGCCUUUGGUGUAUGGAUUGUUGAGGAAGGAAUGGCUUCUGUGCUUUGAAGAGAUUCAAGAUGUCCUUGUGAAGUUUAUGGAAAAGGCUGUCCGAUUUGAUAGGGGCUUGAAUCAAGUUGAAGUCAAGUAUAAAUUAGAAGUUGAUACUAUGAAUGGGAUUCAGUUACAAGCAGUUCUGGAGGCAAUGGAAGUGGUUGGUAUUCUAGAAUAUGGGCUAGCUAAAGUUGCUGAUUUGAUGAUCAAGUAUGUUAUCACUCCUUUCUUAAAUGGUGGACAACCUCUCUCAUUUCUAGAGGAAUCAAAUCAAGAAUCAGCUGUGCUAAAGAUAGUUUCCUCACCAGAUAGUAAGCUUGAGUAUCUGGAUGGGGAGUUUCUUUAUUCAGGGAUUCUGCAUUUUAUCAAAUUUAUUUAUGGAAGUAUUUGCUUCCAGAACAGUUCUUGGAUGCAAUGUUUUGGAAGACUGACCUGGCCAAGAAUAGCAGAGCAAAUAAUAUCUAGCUUUCUUUCAAAGGUUGUUCCAACAGAUGCAUCAAAACUACCUGACUUUCAGAAGAUCAUCAAAUGUACUUCUGAAUUUGAAAUGGCUUUGGAAGAGCUUAUGUUCAUUUCAGCAUCAGAUGACAAGGAUAACCGGCUGAGCAAGUUUGCUGAAAAUGUUGAGGUUCACUUUGCAUCUAAGAAAAAAACUGAAAUCUUGGCUAAAGCUAGAAGUCUCCUCCUAGAAUGCGACUUUUCCAUUCCUCAAGAGUAUACUAGGGAUAGUUCUGUUUGGAAGAAUGAUGAAACUUCUAUCCAGUCAUCCAGUCAUGUGGUAGAUUUGCUUUUCUUAUCAGAGAGGUGUUUGGUAUCCAAAGCAGCCAAGCAAUUGAUGGUGCUAAUUCACCAGACACUGCAGGAUGUUUGCUUGUCAUCUACUAGAGUCGCUUUGGAAUUUUAUCGUGCAGCUAGAGAUGCUAUACUUCUUUAUGAAGUAGUUGUCCCUAUCAAGCUAGAGAGGCAGCUUAAUGGCAUCAAUCAAGUAGCUGUUCUGAUGCAUAAUGACUGUCUUUAUCUUUCCCGAGAGAUACCUGGGUUUGCAUUUGAGUAUCGAACAGAUUUUCCAAGUUCAAUUAAGGAGCAUGCGGUGUUUGUUGAUUUGGCUCCUAGAUUUCAGCUUUUGGCAGAAGAAAUACUGCAGAGACAAGUUCACCUUGUUAUUCUUAACUUGAAUGAGGCUAUUGAUGGUGCUGAUGGAUUUCAGAAUACUCAUCAGAUGCAGCAAUUUGAGUCGACUAAAUUUAGCAUAGACCAGGUUGUUUUCAUUCUAGGAAAAGUACAUAUCAUAUGGGAGCCACUUUUGCUGCCAUCAACUUACAAGAAAAGCAUGUGUACAGUCUUAGAAUCAGUUUUCUCAAGAAUUGCAAGAGAUAUACUUCUCUUAGAUGACAUAGCUGCAGACGAGACUUUACAGCUACAAAGACUUAUCCAGUUAAUGCUGGAAAGCCUAUCAUUUUUAUUCGAAUCAUUGGCCACUGGGGUUCAAAAUUCACAUGAAUUCUCGAUGGAGUCUCUUGAAGAUCUUAUCCCAUCUAUGCGUAAAAUCCGCAAACUAUCAGAAUUAUUAGAUAUGCCUUUAAAAUCUAUUACAGCAUCUUGGGAGGAUAAAGAGUUGUUCUCUUGUGGGUUUACAAUAACUGAGGUGGAAGAUUUCAUAAAAGCUAUAUUUACAGACUCACCUUUAAGAAAAGAUUGUUUAUGGAGGAUACAAAGUACGAGCUUUUAGGAUGCAUCUAACAUCCUCCAGAAUCUAUAUAUCUUUGAAGAACACAUUGGAGUUCCCGAUUUGAAACUCAGAUGAUUACCCUCCAAGGCAAAAAGGCAUGGGAGUUUGAGCUGUCGCUCCAAAUAUUACAGUAAGCGUAAAGUAAGGGCAGCUUCGACGGAGAAUAGGGCUGAUAAAUUUUCUGAUGAGGAUAAUUCUCAGUGAAGAUUAGAAAUUGUAGUCUUUUUUUCCGUUUAAAGCAAACAUGGGGGAGGAGUUGGUGCAGAUUUGAGCAUAGUUUCCGCUCUACAUUCCAGUUUGUCAUAUGCAUUAAUGGGAAGCACUAAGAUACAAAUUCAAUGGUAGAUAUAUACACGUCAUGCUUAUAAUGAUAAGGCAGAGUUUCAGUGCAGUAUAUUUAGAUGUUGAUCCAUAAACAAUUGUUGCUCAAAUUUUGAAAAUAUCAUAUUUCUUAUGAGUAAAAUCAGUUGCGUUCAAACUAAGAA